AUGCCAAAUGGUCUUAUAACCUUGGAUUUGGUCCGUAACCUUGGCUUGGAGGAUCGAGUCCUGAUGACCUCCAAAAACUCAGUUGCUGCCCAGAAUAGGUUUAUUUACUACCCAGAUCAUCUUGUGCGAAUGCCUGGGCCCGGUUCCUCGUUGCUCCAAACCAUUUUGAGUGUUUUGUCCGAGCCUAUCUUCAAAGGUACUAUUUCCGGGGCCUUGUCAGAGGUCGCUAAGCCCCGACGUCCAGAGGAUCUCCAGGACGAGUCUAUCGGUUCCUUUUUCACUCGGAGAUUUGGCUCUGCUUUGGCAGACAAUGUAGUGUCUGGUGUUUUCCAUGGUAUCUACGCUGGUGAUAUCUACAAGCUCAGUGCUCGGGCAAUACUGCCAUCACUAUGGGCAAUUGAAUGGCGAAACAACUCAAUCAUGAAAGGAUUACUAGAAGAAGCAAUUGGAGGGAUGCGGCCAAUUGCUACAAGCGAUUUGGACUUGAUAAAGACACUCCAGAGCCAGCCUAUCACGUCUGACAAGCUAGAAGUCGCUAAGAAAUCUAGCGUAUACACGUUCAAGGGCGGGAUUGGCGAAUUGGCUGACAAGCUGGAGGCAAAGCUCGAUGAGAGUGAUAAUGUCCUCAUACUGGAAAACACCGAUGUCGGACAAAUCAGGAUAGUGUCAACUGCGGCUGGCGAGAAGAUCCAAAUAAACGCAAAGGAAGCUUCAAAUCGAGAAACGACGGACUACGAUUUUGAUCAUGUUGUAUCUACAAUACCCGGAAAUAAGCUUGCCAGCAUCGCAUCUCGAUCACCUAUUACUAGUCUCUCACCUUUAUCUCGUACCUCUGCUGUCACAGUCAUGGUCGUAAAUCUCUUCUUUUCGAAUCCUAAAAUCCUCCCAGUCCACGGUUUCGGUUACCUGUUGCCUCGGUCUGUGCCAUUCGAACAGAAUCCUGAAAGGGCGCUUGGUGUCGUCUUCGACUCUGAUGCCAGUAUCGGUCAGGACGAUGUACCGGGCACCAAAGUGACCGUGAUGUUAGGUGGGCAUUGGUGGGACGACUUCGACGCUUAUCCCGACGAGGAUGAAGGGGCUAGCAUGGCGAAGGCACUGCUAAAGCGCCAUCUGGGCGUUAACGAGGAGCCUCGAGCCAUCAGAGUAAGUCUGCAGCGUAGUUGCAUACCUCAAUACGGCGUUGGCCAUGAGGCGCGGAUGGAGGAUGCCAGUCUUCGCUUGGACUCCUUCAAAGGUAGACUCAGAGUUGCUGGAAAUAGCUAUACAGGCGUGGGACUCAAUGACUGCAUAAGGGCUGCUAGGGAUGUGGUCAAAGGUCUCGUUGAUGGUACUGGAACGACUGGACUCGAAUCUUUUGUUGGCGGGAAGAAGUGGUCGUGGAUAAGCGAGACGAGUUGA